CAAGCGGUGGAGUUUUGGAUCGGUUUGUCUGGCUCGAGCGGGAAGUUUUGAGAAACUUUUUUUUUUUUUUUUUUUAACUUUUAAUAACAGCACCAAGGUGGAUGAUUUUCUGCUGUUGUCGAUUGCUGGGUAGAUUGUCCGGGCAGGUAAAGAGUGUUCGUGCAAUGAGCCUACGACGCAAGAAAGCGUGUUUAAAGAGAAUCUUUUCACUGGGAGGCGUAAGGGAGCAGCAACCAUUUUUAGUAGCUGUUUGAUGGAGCAGAGGAGAUGUGCCAAGCUGAUAUGCGUAACAUGGAGACAAGUGGUGUAAAGAUUAAAAAAGAGGAGGACUGUGAAUGGGAGUCUGUCCGCCCUGAACAGGAGAGCCUCUGUAUUAAGGAGGAGUAUAAUGAGCUGCCGUUAAUGGACGUGAAAGAACAGGCUGAGGAGAAGCCUUUGAGAAAUGAAAUGCAGAACCAUAAAAACACAGACAGCGUCAAGGAAGAAGAGCCUGUCCUUCAGUACGGGCAUCAAGAUGAACAAGCGUCUUUUGUUAGUGUAAAAUCUGAAUCAGUGCUGUCAAACUUGAAUGGACCGGAAGAAAUGUCGAAGAGAGCAUUGGGAGACCCGUCCUCAUCUACACCUCAGACUGGACAAAAUUUACAACACAUCAUGAGUGUGUCCUUGUCUUCAUUUCUUCAGAGUUCUCUUCACAGCAGACCUCAAAAGACAGUGCUAGAGGAAACCAUGAAGGAAACCACUUCAGGAUCAGAGAUUUUGAUACCAACCUCCUUGCAAUAUAGACCUGGGCCUGUGGUGAAAUUAACAAGAAUAGAUGCUGUGAACGCUCCACAACAGGCAAACGGUGCAAAUUCAGAUUCUCUGUACAUCCGCCAUGAGCAGAGGAGAAGUGGUAUUGGCAACUCUAAAAACGAAGGUAAUCAGUGGGAGUAUUUGACAAAGAAGAAGUCUCAUUGCUGUUCUGAAUGUGGAAAACAGUUCACACAGAGGAACAAUCUUCAGAGACAUAAAAGAAUUCAUACCAGAGAGAAACCAUACAGCUGUUCUGAAUGUGAUAAACAAUUCUUGGUAAUGGACCAUCUUCAGAAACACCUGAGAGUUCACAGUGGAGAAAAGCCCUAUCACUGUAAUGAAUGUGGCAAACAAUUCUCGCAUAAAAGUCAUUUUCGGACCCACAAAAGAGUUCACACUGGAGAAAAGCCAUACCACUGUUCUGAAUGUGGCAAACAGUUCUCACAAAUGAACAUUCUCGAGAACCACAAAAGAACUCAUACUGGAGAGAAGCCAUAUUCUUGUGUUGAAUGUGGCAGACAAUUCUCUCGACUGGGUUCUCUUCAGACCCACACUAGAGUUCACACUGGAGAAAAGCCCUUUCAAUGUAAUGAAUGUGGUAAACAAUUCUCGAUAAUGAACAAUCUUCGGAGGCAUAAAAAAAUUCACACUGGUGUGAAACCAUAUUGCUGUUCUGAAUGUGGUAAAUGCUUCUUACUAUUGGACAAUCUUCAGAUCCACACAAGAAUCCACACAGGAGAGAAACCAUACUGCUGUCCAGAAUGUGGUGUACGAUUCUCUCAUUGGAACAGUCUUCAGAACCACACAAGAAUCCACACAGGAGAAAAGCCGUAUCACUGUAAUGAAUGUGGCAAGCAAUUCAAGGACAGUAGCUAUUAUCACACCCAUAAAAGAGUCCACACUGGAGAGAAACCAUACUGCUGUUCUGAAUGUGGAAAACAAUUUUAUCAUGGGACACAUUUUCGAACUCACACACGAAUUCACACUGGAGAGCGACCAUAUUGCUGUUCUGAGUGUGGCAAACGAUUUUCACAAAUGAGUCACCUUGAGAACCACACAAGAAUUCACACUGGAGAAAAGCCAUUUUCCUGUUCUGAAUGUGGCAAAUGGUUUUCUACCAGAAGCAGUCUUUAUAGCCACACAAAAAUUUACCAUGGAGAAAACACAAAAAUGCAAAGUACUGGGACCUCAAUGGAUGCCACAGAGGAGACUUGCCAGGCUGACAUGAAUACUACAGAGAUAAUCACUUUAAAUAUUAAAGAGGAAAACUGUGAAUGGGAGUCUGUCUGUACUAAACAGGAGGGUCAUUGUGUUAAAGAUGAAGAUAAGGAGCUGCCUUCAAUGGAUGUUAAAAAAGAGGCUGAGGAGAGGUCUCUCAUAAGUGGCACAUGUGAACUUACAGACAGUAUAAAAGGAGAAGAGUUUCAUUCAGACAAUGCAUGUCAAGAUGGACUCUGCUUGUUUCAGGAAUUUUCUAUUACUGUGAAAUCGGACUGUGAGAAGGCUGCGGGAAUCUCAUUAAGCAGAACAUUGGCAGAUCCACCACCAUCUUCAGACUUGCAAGACCCUGGGAGCUUUUCUGUUUCUUCAAUUUCUCAGACUUCUCCUUACCAUAGAUUACAGCAAAUGGUGUUUGAAGAAACCUUAAAUAAAACAUCUACAGGAUCAGACAUUUCUAUACCAGCCUCCUUGCAAAAAAGUUCCCACAGCAACACCACUCAACAACAGGUGAACAGUAUAAAUUUGGUUACAAUGCAUGUCUACCAUGAGCAGAGAAAAAGUUAUAAAUGCAAAUCAAAAAAUGGAGAUAAUCAGAGGAGUUGUGCUACACAGAACACUCAUUGUUGUUUUGAUUGUGGCAAACAAUUCUCAAGAAAGAGCUAUCUGGAAAACCACAGAAGAAUUCACACAGGAGAAAAGCCUCAUUGCUGUUCUGAUUGUGGCAAACGAUUUUCAAGAAAAAGCAGCCUUAAGACCCAUGCAAGAAUUCACACUGGAGAGAAGCCUCAUUGCUGUUUUGAAUGUGGCAAGCAAUUUUCUAGAAAGAACAGUCUUGAAACCCACAGCAGAGUUCACACUGGUGUGAAACCAUAUUGCUGUUCUCAAUGUGGAGUACAGUUCACUUACUGGAACAGUCUUCAGAACCACACAAGAAUUCACACUGGAGAGAAACCGUUUUGCUGUUCUGAAUGUGGUAAACGGUUUUCUGACAGGAAACAUCUCUAUAACCAUACAAGAAUUCACACAGGAGAGAAGCCAUACUGCUGCUCUGAAUGUGGGAAACGAUUCUCACAAAUGAACAUUCUUCAGACCCAUACAAGAACUCACACUGGAGAGAAGCCAUACCGCUGUUUUGAGUGUGGUAAACAAUUCUCACAAGGGAGCAGUCUAAAGAGCCACAUACGAACUCACACUGGAGAAAAGCCAUAUUGCUGUUCUGAAUGUGGAAAGAGAUUCUCCAGCAGAAGUGGUUUUCAGACACACUCAAGAGUUCACGCUGGAGAAAAAGAAACUGAGAAAUCCAGGAACUGAAUUUUUUUUAAAACAUAAUCAAAGAUGAUGACGAACACACUAAAGAAGCAAACUAAACACUGGUAUGCAGUAGAAGACGCACAAAGGUAAAAUUUGACAAGAAGUCUGAUUAUGCAAAGGUGCAUCCUCUAAAUUCUGACUGUUAUACUCUUUCCAUUUCUUAAUGGUUGAUUUAACUGGACUCCAAUGGAUAUUUGGUAACUUGGAUAUUUUCUUUUCUCCAUGCCCUGACUUGUGCUUUUCAAGCACUGUUUUGUGGAGUUGUUUGGAAUGUUAUUUUGUCUUCAAUGUGUAAGUUAUUCCAUCAUACUGACUCACUACAAGGUGGACAUCUUAGAUUACGGUCAUUUAGACUACAGUCAACUGAAAAACCCUGGAUUACGACAAAAGAUCUCCAUUGAAUUAAUUCUGUGAUUUCUAAAACCAAUUGGCUGCACCAGAAAUGAUUUAGGUUUGCCAUACUAACAGGGGGAAAUACUUGUGCAAUCAAUUAUUUUGUUUUUUGCAUUUGUUAUUAAUUUAGACCACUUUACAGAGAUCUGUUUUCUCUUUGACAUUAGUCUUUUUCUGUUCAUCAGUGUCAAAUUAAAUCCACUGUGAUUCAAUGAUGUAUAACAAUAAAAUAUGAAAACCUCAAAGAGGGUGGAAGCUUUUUGUAGACACUGUAUGCCAAUGUUACUACUGCUUCUAUUUAACAAAAUGUGAUUGUUAUUGAUA